GGCGCGCGGCCGGCGGCGGUUGGCGGCGCGUGGGGCCGGCGGGCGGUUGCCGUGGGCAGGACCCGAGUGCAGGCAGCCGGAGCCGGCGCCAUGGUGGAGAAGGAGGAGGCCGGCGGCGGCAUCAGCGAGGAGGAGGCGGCUCAGUAUGACCGGCAGAUCCGUCUGUGGGGAUUGGAGGCCCAGAAACGGCUGCGGGCCUCGCGGGUGCUUCUUGUCGGCAUGAAAGGACUCGGGGCUGAAAUUGCCAAGAAUCUCAUUCUGGCGGGAGUGAAAGGACUGACCAUGUUGGAUCCUGAACAGGUAUCUCCAGAAGACCCCGGAGCUCAGUUUCUAAUCCGUACUGGAUCUGUUGGCCGAAACAGGGCUGAAGCCUCUUUGGAGCGAGCCCAGAAUCUCAACCCCAUGGUGGAUGUGAAGGUGGACACUGAGAAUAUAGAAAAGAAACCUGAGUCAUUUUUCACUCAGUUCGAUGCUGUUUGUCUGACUUGCUGCUCCAGGGAUGUCAUAGUUAAAGUUGACCAGAUCUGUCACAAAAAUAGCAUCAAGUUUUUUACAGGAGAUGUUUUUGGCUACCAUGGAUACACAUUUGCCAAUCUCGGAGAGCAUGAAUUCGUAGAGGAGAAAACCAAAGUUGCCAAAGUUAGCCAAGGAGUAGAAGAUGGACCUGAUACCAAGAGGGCAAAACUUGAUUCAUCUGAAACAACUAUGGUCAAAAAGAAAGUGGUCUUCUGCUCCGUGAAGGAAGCGCUGGAGGUGGACUGGAGCAGUGAGAAAGCGAAGGCCGCUCUGAAGCGCACAGCUUCCGAUUACUUUCUCCUUCAAGUGCUCCUGAAGUUCCGCACAGAUAAAGGAAGAGAUCCUAGUUCUGAUACCUUUGGGGAAGAUUCUGAGUUGUUGCUCCAGAUACGAAACGAUGUGCUUGACUCCCUGGGUGUUAGUCCUGACCUGCUUCCUGAAGAUUUCGUCAGGUACUGCUUCUCUGAGAUGGCCCCCGUGUGUGCAGUGGUUGGAGGGAUCCUGGCCCAGGAAAUUGUGAAGGCCCUGUCUCAAAGGGACCCUCCUCACAACAACUUCUUCUUUUUUGACGGCAUGAAGGGGAAUGGGAUUGUGGAGUGCCUCGGCCCCAAGUGAACCGAGAUCUGGCGGCCCCGGCGACGCUAGCCCGCAGCCUGCCCGCGCCUUCCCGUCCCCUCCCCCCACGAAGGCGGCUCCAGGCGAGGGAAGAGCUGAAGUCUUCUCACCGGUCCAGACCACCUCCUGGGAGCAGUGAGGUUGUGCAGACACGCGACUUGCAAGCGCCAGCAGCUGCGAAACGCGGGGCGUAGGGACUGGCCGCCCCCCGUCCCGGCACCGUCCAGGGCCGUUCACUGGGCAUCGCCAGAGAGCCCCCUGUGAUGCGUCCCUCUGUCCGGGUGUCGCCAGGCCUCUGGGGCACCGCGGGAGAUGCCCGCCCAGAACCAGCACGCCUCAUCGCUUAGGAUCCUCUCACCACCUUCUUGGACUUACUCCCCGCCUGAUGUCAUACAGAGAAGAAGACGAUGACUCCAGGUGGGGAGUAAGGCCGGGCCCCGUGAAACACUAGUGGAGCCACAGUCCCAAAUGCAGACAGGUGCCCUAGAGCGGAAACGACGUGGCAGGCGGGAUGUAUUUCCUCCAGAGUCGGAGAUCCCGAAAAACAACAGGUGCCAUCUGGUGUGCUGUUCUGGAGCUUUAGUGCAGGAUUAGUUGGGUUUCAGCCUGGAUUUUGGAAGAGAGGAAAUGUUACCAAAGUUCCCUCGGGCAUUAGGGCGAGACCUUGCAAAGUGUAUAUUAAUGGGGAAACUUGUAUUAAAAAGGCAGGUGCCGGGCUCCCAGCCCCUGGGGAUUCUGAUUUACUGGGGUCCAAGCUAGGAUGUGAGAGCCCGUCUUCUCGGAGCCCCCAUCCCCGAUGCAGCUCAGACCAUCCUGGAGGCUGUUGCUUUCGAGGGCCCCGUCAGUCCUUCCUUUCCCCCCUGAAUUGCAGCUGUUUGUGUGGUUUUUUAUAUUUUCUAUAUUUCCUUGGUUCUUUAAAAAGGAAUGAUAGAAAUAAAGUUAUUUGCUUUAGGA